GCCAUCGCCUUCCGCCGUGGCCCUGUCUGUCCCCCGGUUCCAGCAUCCUCGGUACCGGGGCCCGGCACGGCAGCAGCACCACAAGGAAGGCGCAAACCGCCGAAUCGAAGCAGUCGGCAGGCAUCUCUCGCCUUCCAGAAAGCUCCCCUCCUCCUCCUCCCGGCCCGUCUUCCAUUCUCUCCUCCUCCGGCACACCCUCUCCGCCUCCCUGCCUCGCGCCCGCAUUUCCUCCUCUCCGGCGGUCGUUGUAACACCAACAACGCACGUCAGCGGAAUGCUCUGCCUCACGCCGUGCGCGCCGUGCCCCCACAGGCCAAACGCAAGGGCCGGCACCGGCGCCGGCGACAAUGCGCACCGCGUAACGCUGUGCCGCCUUAGGACGCUAGGAGCGGUGGGGCGAUUGCGGCUCGUCAAGUUCCAGAGCUGCGCGGCUGCGGCGCCGGCCCCUCCGGCGGGCCGGCCCGUAAAGCCGUUCCCACCGGUGCCUGCGCGGACGACGGCCGAGAGGUGGGGGUCUCUGCGGGAGAUGCGACGGGUGUGGUGGGUGUGCGGGGUAGGGUACUGGGUGCAGGGGUUCCGCUGCUUCCCAUGGCUGGCGCUGAACUUCCACCUCACGCGUGGGCUCGGGCUCAACCCCGCCGCCCUCCAGCUCGUGCAGAACGCCGGUAACCUUCCUCUCGUCGCCAAGCCGCUCUUCGGGGUCCUCUCCGACGCUGUGUACAUCGGCCGCGCACACCGCCUCCCCUACAUCUCCAUCGGAGUGUUGCUACAGCUUGUUGCUUGGGGAACACUUGCAAUCAUGCCAGUUACAGGUGACACAUUUCCAACCCAAAUGGUAUGCAUUCUCAUUGGAAAUCUGGGAGCAUCUGUGACGGAAGUUGUAAGUGAUGCCGUUGUCACGGAGUUCAGCCGAACACAGAAGACAGGUGUACUGCAAUCUUAUGCAUUCAUUGGUCUGGCAGCUGGAUCCCUCCUAGGAAACUUGUCGGGUGGGUACGUUCUGUUGAGAACACAGGAACCCAAGACUAUGUUCACAGCAUUCUCAAUCCUCCUAGGCCUCCAACUGGCACUCUCUGUAAGCACAAAAGAGACACUCCCAAGCUCCCAUGAAAAUUCCAAAAAUCUUAUAAGAAGCUCUUUGGCAGCCAAUUUUCGCAAGCAAUUCUCAAACUUGUUGACAGCAAUCCAUGAGGAAAGGAUAUUUUACCCACUUGCAUGGAUCAUGACAUCGUUUGCUGUUGUGCCUAUUCUCUCUGGAACUAUGUUCUGCUUUCAAACGCAGUAUCUGAAGCUUGAUUCAUCAAUCAUCGGUCUUUCAAAAGUCAUGGGACAGGUCAUGGUCCUAUCUCUAACUGUUCUUUACAACCGCCAUCUCAAAAGGAUCCCUUUGAGGCAGCUUGUUAGUGGGGUUCAGAUAAUGUAUGCUUUGGCAGUUCUUUCAGAAUUGAUACUAGUGAAACAGGUAAACCUUAUGUUGGGGAUACCAAAUGAGAUAUAUGUGCUUUGUUUCUCAGCUCUUGCUGAAGCAAUCGCUCAGUUCAAGGUACUGCCCUUCUCGGUUUUGUUGUCAAGCCUGUGCCCACCUGGUUGCGAAGGAUCACUCUUCGCUUUCUUUACGUCUGGGUUGGUGUUCUCUGCAAUACUAAGUGGCGUGUAUGGUGUUGGAUUGGCUACGCUGAUUGGGUUAUCUGCUGGGGACUACUCGAAAUUGCCUUUAGGUAUUCUGCUCCAAACUUUGGCUGCAUUGUUACCUUUAGGAUGGAUAUCUCUUGUACCGGAAAACUGGACUGCCGAUGAUAAGGUUGUAAAGCAAGCAUUGACAUCCGACAGAGCUCAAACUUAAUGAUCUUCGUAGCUUAUCACACUGCAGAGGAAUUUCUCAGCCAGUCAACUCUAUCCAAUCAAAUGUAUAGCUAUCCAUAUUCUUUUGUUUCUAAUGUAUAGUUCUCUCAACUACUGUACGUCAUGCGGCUGAAAUGCUUCUGGCUGAAUACUUUUUCUUUGUUCCGCGACAUGAAAACCAAAGAAAUAUGAAAGUAAGUCUCUGGACAGUCAACAUUAA